AUGUCCGACGAAAAGAAGAAAUUCUCCAAAAAACAGCUGCGCGCCGGAAAUGGCUUCAUCCACCAGAUGGCCGCCACUAACCAGUACGCCACUCAGAAGGGCAUGACUCCUUUUGGAGCUGUCCGUCACGGCCGCGACAUUGCCGCCGACGACGUCGACAUGCGAGGACAGGGCGUAUUGACAAAAGUCGCUGCUACUCACAUCUACGCCUCUCAAAAGGGCAUGUCUUUCGGUUCAGUACGACAUGGGAAAGAUAUCAAGGUCGAUGACAUGGAUCAAAGAAGUAACGGUGCUUUAACAAAAGUUGCAGAGACCAAUAUAUUUGCCUCCCAGAGGGGAAUGAGCGCAUUUGGAUCCGUCCGUCAUGCCGGUGACAUCAGAGUUAAACAGCUCUGGGAGGAGGGCGAAGAUGACGAGUAUCCGACGGAUGAGGAGGACACGCCGCAGGUGUCAGCCACUCAGCGACGCCGGGAGUCAAAACAGGCGGCCCAGCCCGCCGCUCCCGCAAAGCAGCCGUCACCAGAGCCGGCUUCAGCGCCAGAACCGGAACCGGAACCAGAACGGGUUGUUGAAGAGGAGUCAUCCGCCGCUGCCGACGACGACGACGAUGGUGGUUUCUCCUGGUAGAAAACACCAUGUUUCGAAAAACGCUUAAUAUUUUGUGACUUUACCGAUUAAUCGCCUUUUCAUCAUAAUUCCUCAGGAUCGAUUUUCCGUUCGUGUUAACAUGAUACUCUGUUAUCCUUGUAGAAUUUCCAUUACCAAUAUACUACGUACAAUUGUA